AUGAUGGAGGUACGGCAAGGUCGCUUCCGGAAACGCCCAGGGUACAGCGUAUCAUCAGCUCAUCCGUCCCUUUCCAUCCAACUUAGACCGUUAGGUGAUUCGUACAAUUUGAUGGAAGUGAUUGAUCCGUCGCCUUUGUCCUUGGCGGCAGCAUCUCUACCUCCAAUGCAACAAAGUAGUGCAGCGAUGUCGUCGUCUAGCAUACUCUGGAAGUACACCGGCUUCUUGCUAAUAUCAUUGUUCUCCUUUGUCGUGUAUCUAGUCAUGCCAAAAGGUUUGCGCAAAGCAUACUGUCGAGCAGGACGUAGAAGGUAUUCCCAGUAUCCGUCACGCACAGAGGGCCGCUGUCCCUCCAAAACCUCGAAAAUUGAUCCCCAGGAUAAAGGGAGUGACCUGCAAAGCGAUGGUACUUUGCGCUUCACGGAUAAUGGCAACAGUCUGCGAUUGAUUAAGUCCUCCAGAUUAGACGAAACCACCGAUCAUCAAGAAAAGCUCAUGAGGGGCGUUCUGGAAGCCCGCACCAACGGAUCUUACGCAGCGGCGAGGAGCCCAACGGUUGUGCAUGAGAAUUUCUCGAAUGGACUCCAAAAUACUGUACCCGCAAAAGAAUCUGGGGCGGACAGCAACGCUUCCAGUCCUUUCCGGGGCAAUUUAUUUCGCCCCUUCCAGACACUCCGUCGUGCUCCCAGCGCUUCUCACCCUGGAAUUCCACAUACUCCUAAUUCCAAAAUUCUCAACAUGACCUUCGAGCGGCUCCGAUCCCGGGGAGCCCGAUUGGUGGCGCACGGUGUGCAGUGCGAUCCCAAACGCGUCUGGAUUCGUGUCGAUGAGGAUACCUGGAAUUUGUCGUGGCAAACAGAGUUUCCGCGAGACGUUACCAACUCUUCUGGCGAAACGACCGUGGUCCUCAUGCGGGGUGCCGCCCACACAAUUGCUCUCGCCAACGUGCUGUACGUGGACAUAGGGAAGAAAACGGCAGCCCUACUUAAAACGACGCAUACUGUACCGGCGUCGACCUGUUUUUCGCUCUUGACGCAGAAUGGAUCACUGGACCUGCAGACGAAUUCUAAACUGGAAAGGGAUGCAACGGUAUGUUGUUUGAGCAUGAUCCUGGAUCAGGUGCACGAGACAGACUGGAGACGCAUACACGGUGCGAGCCCACCAGCGUCGGAGCUAAUGUCCGUUAAUCUUUCGGGCAUUGGGUCGGAGGCGUUUCACAAUACUAUGAAUGACAUUUAG